UCCCCCGUUUCCUGCCUGUAGCUGGGUCCUGUAUGGAAGCCCGUGCGAGGCUGUACUGGAGACCCCGCGCUGCCUGCACCUCUAUCGUCUCGGUUGACAUGGAUGAUGAAGACGGCAGGUGCCUGCUAGAUGUAAUUUGUGACCCGGAAGCACUCAACGACUUCCUCCAUGGAUCAGAGAGCCAUCUGGACACUGACGACCUAUUGGAUGGCUCAAGCGACCCCUCCAGCUCAUUCUUCUCUUCCGCUGGGGGCCAUGUUCCAGAGGUUCCGACCCCAGUCCAGCUGCCGUCCAAUGAGCAGCCAGGACUUCCUAGGGUCAGUGUGGACCUUGACUUCCUUGAAGAUGACGACAUACUGGGCGUAUCGCCGGGUGAUGGCGGCAGCAACGGGAUUGGAGGCAACACCAUGGAGCCUUGUGACAUCCUGCAACAGAGCUUGGCAGAGGCCAACAUCACAGAGCAAAGUCUACAGGAGGCCGAAGAGGAGCUGGACCUGGGCUCCUUCGGCCUCACCAUGCCUGGCCUGACCCAGGUGGUCCAGACUCUUCCCUGUACAGACGGCCUGAGCGGGCCCGGGGGGACCACUGUGGGGGUGCCUAUUUUCCCCGGAGCCCCGGGCUCCACGGCCACGCCUCCGCAGACCACGGCUGACAUGCUGGGCUCAGUGCUGGCCCAACAGGGCCUCCAGCUGGGGCCUCAGGUGAUGAACAAGGGCCAGACCAUCAGCAUGCAGCCCUUCAUGUCCGCACUGGGAAACGUCACCCUCCAGCCUCUGUCCUCCCUCCAGGGGCUCCCCAACGGCGGGCAGUCGGGACAUGUGGGACUGGGACAGAUACAGGUGGUGGGCCAGCCCACUGUGAUGACUAUUAACCAAUCAGGACAGCCCAUCCUGGCCAAAGCCAUGGGGGGCUACCAGCUCCACCAGCCCGGCCCGGAAGCCCAGGGGGCUGGGGGACAGGGCGGCCUGGGGGGAGGACUUCUGAUCCAGGGGGGUAAAGCCACCCUGGGGUCUCCGGCUGUGAAUGGCCCGGCGGUGUGCGUCGGCGGAGGCGGUAACAGCAGCACCGUGACCGCCGCUGGAGGGCUGCUGGGUUUCAGCGGCGCAGGGCUGGGUCAGCCGGGCCAGGUCACACCGCAGAGCCAGGUCAUGCAGAAUGUCAUCAUCCAGCGGACCCCCACACCCAUCCAGCCCAAACCCCCACAAGGAGGCGCCUCCAACUCCAAGAUGUUCAAGCAGCAGCAGCAGGCGGCUCCCCAGUCGCUGCAGAGCGACGCCAAGGCCCUUGGGGUGCAGCAGGUUCCCGUCUCCUCGUCCCAGAACGUCGCCUUCCUGACUGGCAAGCCGGGCUCCAACGUGGUGCUGACCUCCCAGGCGGGGGGGCCCCAGGCUACGCAGCAGUUCCAGCAGGCUCUGUUCAAGCAGCAGGCGACUCACCAGUCCUCCGGGAAGCCGCUCAGCGUGCACCUCCUCAACCAGCCUGGGAGCAUCAUGCUGGGGAGCCAGAACCACCAGUUCGUCCUGCCCCAGCAGCUGGCGGGGGGUCAGAUCCUUACGCCGCAUCCUGGGGGCCACAUCAUCACGUCCCAGGGGCCAGGGGGCCAGCUGAUCGCCAACCAGAUCCUGUCCCAGCACCAGAACAUCAACCUGGGCCAGGUUCUGACGUCACCGGGCCACCCGCUGCUCCGUGGACACAUUCAGCUGCAGCCGGGCCAGAUGGGCGUGGCGCCACAGCUCUUCCAGAUGUCCGUGUCGCAGAGCCCCGGUCAGAGCCACGCGGCGGCGGGGCCCCAGGCCCACGCCGUGAUCCAGGGCAUGCCCCUGCUGAGCCAGGUGGAGGGCCUGAGUCCCGCCGUCAGCCUGCAGCCAGCCCUGCAGCCUCAGCCGGGAGGCGUUCCCAGCAGCGGGGUGGGCGGGGCCGCCGCGCUGGCGCAGGGCCAGCCGGGGGAGAGUGUGACCGUGCUGGGGAGCUCGGCGGACCUGGCGGCCCACCCGGGGCAGGCCUCCUCCUUGCUCCCCCUGCAGCCCGGGCCCUCGGCCUCUGUGGCCGUCUGUGUCCCGUCAUCCUCCUCUCCGUCCUUGUCGCUGUCCACCAUGUCGGGGGUGGGGCUGGCCCCCCACCUCGGUCAGCCUCAGGCCCCGCAGCACAGCCCAGGGGGCCGGGUGCUGUUCACGGGGCCCCAGGGCUCCAGUAUGAUCCUCAGCCAGGAACAACUCCACAUGUUCCUCCAGCAGGACCAGCGACAAACAGAGAAUGACCUCACUCCCUCUAUCUCAUUGGGUGUGCCAGCAUAUGACUCCGCCCCUUCUGUCUCUGUGGGCGUGCCAGCGUAUGACCCUGCCCCUUCAGUCUCUGUUGGCGUGCCAGCAUCCGUUAUCGUCAGCAGCUCUGGCCACGCCCCCUCGGGCCACGAAAGUCAAUUAGCUGAGGCAACAGUGGUAAACCAGAUGCCCCAGGCGGCCGGGCAACAGCUGAAACUUCAGAGUCUGUCCCCCUCCCAGCCCCUGGCCACCCACACAGCCCCACCACUUUCGGACAGCCCCCAACCUUCCCCUUCCCCACUCCCCCUGCAGUCCCCCCAUCACCUCCCCCAGUCCCGGCCUCCCUCACAGCCCCAGCCACAGACCCCUGCCCGCUCCUGCACCCCCUCAUCUCUUCCCCCAAUGUUCAUAAUCCACAACCAGAUCCCAGGCUCCCCACAGCCUGUCCCACAACAACAACAGUUACAGCAGCAGCAACAACAGCAGCAGCAGCAACAACAACAUCAACAACAGCAGCAGCAGCAACAGCAACUACAACAACAACAACAACAGCAGCAGCAACUACAGCAGCAGCAACUACAGCAGCAGCAACUACAACAGCAGCAACAGCUGCUACAACAACAACAGCUACAACAACAUAUCCAGAUGCAGCCGCGUCCCCCCUCUCAGCCUGCUCCCUACCAACAGGAAGCCCCCCCUCCCUCCUGCUCCCCCAACCCUCCUCAAACCCUACAGGCCCCUCUGUCGGGGUUCCAGUUUUCCACCCCCCAGGUGGGGUCUCCCGGGGUCGGCGUAGCCAAGCCCCAGACCGCCCUGCAGUUUCCUGGCUUGACAGCGGAGCAGCAGCACCACCUUCAGCUUGUCGCGGCUCAACUGCAGACUCUGUCGUCCAUCGCUCAGCCCUCCCCGCAACAGAAACAGCUGCUGGAGAAGCUACACCAGAUCCAGCAGAACAUUCUGCUUCAGGCCAAACAGCAGCAGCAGCAGCAGCAGCCCAGCCAACCACAGCCCCAACAACAGGCCCAGUUCAGCUCACAACAACAUCCAGAUGGGCCUGCUCCUCAGAUCCCUGGGCAGCUACAGCCGACGUCUGUGCUGGUCAAGACUCCUGCCCCAGAGCUUCACUCUCUGUCCCUCGCUCCAGCAUCCAGUGAGGGGCCGGUGUUCUCAGGAGUGCAGGCAUCAGCGGGAGGUCCAGGGAACCAGGUGUGUGGAGUGACAGCUACCCUUAACCAAUCAGGGCCACUGCCUGGCCAACAGCUACAUCAUUCUGUUCAGCCAAAGUCGGGAGGACUAAUCAACCAGAUGGGGAUGUUGGGGACGAUGAAUCUGGGGAAGAUCCAGGUGAUGAGCUCAGGUUUGGGUCAGUUAACCUUUGCUCAGCCCUUAGGACCUGGCCCCAGCCUGGCCUCACUACAAAAACCGACUUCUACAUUGAAGAUGCCUUUCAUCAUGGCCGAGCCCAGCAAGGAGGCCAGGAUGCUGGAGCAGUUGAGGAAGCAGCAGGGCUCGGUUCUCCAGCCAGACUUCAGCUCUCCCUUCCAAUGCUUUGACGACACCCUGAACCGGCUGCUGCCGUACCACCUUUACCAGGGAACGGCCACCGCGGCUCAGGACUACUGCAGAGUGGACGAAGAGUUUGAGAGUGUCUCCGGUCAGCUACUGAGGAGAACUCAGGCCAUGCUGGACAAAUACAGACACCUGCUGUUUGAAGAGUCAAAGCGUCUGGGCCCGUCAGCGGAGAUGGUAAUGAUGGACAGGAUGUUUAUUCAGGAAGAGAAGAUCUCUCUGGGACAGGACCGUGUCUUGGCACGGGACAGACCUGAGGAGUAUGUCGCCAACUCGAGGUUGCUGGAGAGAGAGCGUGGAGUGGUCAGCGCCCCUCAGCCCCAGCCUCAGUGCCAGUCCCGGGGAUUUGUGUCAGCUGAGCCCAGCCCUGUGAGGAGCAGUGUGGCUACGGCCGGGCCCGCUGUAGCCCCUGCGGCCCCUGCUCCAGAUGUAGCUCCAGCCCCGGCCCCUGCUCCAACCCCCAUUGCAGCCGUGACACCGGCCCGCUUGCCCUCCACCAAGCUGGUGAUAAAGCAGGAGGGGGCGGGCGCGUCUGUCUCCUGGUCCAGUUCUCCCGCUCCUGUGGCCGGGUCAGGAGCCAGACAGACAACUGACUCCCAGGGCCACAGUUCCUCCUUCAGCCAUGCUCCUCCACCUUCCUCUUCUCACUCCUCCUACCGGCCCUCUUUCUCCUCUUCCUCUCGUCCGGCUGACGAUGAUGAUGCUCUCCCCCAGAGGACCAGUAAACCUCCCAUGAAGACCUAUGCCGCCCGCCCACGGAUCGGCUUAAAGCUUAAGAUUAAGCAGGAGGCGGGGUUUAGUAAGGUGGUACACAACACUGCCCUUGACCCAGUCCACACAACUUCCACGCCUCAGCCCAUACCCCAGCCCCAGUCGCACCCUCCCAGCCAGCCCCAGUCACACCCUCCCAGCCAGACCCACCCAGCCCCAGCACACCCAAAAGCCAGGGCUGCAGCUGCACUAGCCCCGCCUCCUUCUAUUAGUACUGUCAUUAGGACUCCUAGCUGCAAUGCUGCCUCUUUGGGAACUGCCUCCAUAGGAACCACACAAGCCACACCCACUCACCAAAGAGUCACAGCCCCUCCCCCUAGCACAGCCCCUCCCCCUAGCACAGCUCCUUCCCUCAGCACAGCUCCGACCCCUAGCACUGCCCCGCCAUCCUCCUCCUCACAUUCUUGGUCUUCGUCAGCGUUGCCGCCAUCAUCGGGGUCUUCUGCGGCUCAGGUGAAUGGAACAUUAGAACACCACGAUGUGGGAAGAGUCAAACAGAACACUGCCUCUGCAGCUGCGCCCCCUCAGACCACCUGUCGCCUCCCCCUGCGGAAGACAUACCGGGAGAACAUCAGCCCCCGUGUCCGGCCAGGAGUACCGGGGGGAGGAGGAGACAGUGUCCCCUACCCCCGUCCCUCACCCUCACCCCCCAAAUCUCCAGUCCAGCCCCCCUCCUCCUCUCCCCCAUUGGAGCGGACAGUGAUAGCCAGCGUGAAGCUGGAAAAGAGAGGAGGCAGUUCCCGGGAGGGGGGCUCCCACCCUCACACAGAGCCCGGGCGAGAGGCCUUGAGACUGGGGAACACGACAACCACCUCCUCCCCUAGGCUGGUGCAGGGUCUGGAGCACAUGGAGGAGGUACUGUACCGCGGCAUCAAAAACACAAAGAGCCAUUCGAGAGACAAAGAGGAGGAGAGAGGGAGAGAGGGGGAUGAGGAGGAGAGGGCGAGGGAGGGCGGGCUUGGGGACAGGGGGUCAGACAUGGGGAGAUAUAAGAGGUUAAGCAGUAAAAACCGGCAGAGGUCAGGUGGGGGGAGUGGGACGUUCAGAAUGGACCAGCAUGCUCCUGGGCCCCCGUCCUCGCCGCCCGACACUUCUUGUCACAGAGACUCGUCGCUUCCUGCCAAGCGCUGUAAGUCGGACUCUCCCGACAUGGACAUGGACAACGCUAGCUUCUCCUCCGGCUCGCCGCCGCACGACGAGUCCCUUAACGAGCACCUGCAGUGUGCCAUCGACUCAAUCCUCAACUUGCAGGGUCAGGGGCCCGCGCCGCGCGGGGCCAAGGGGGGCCCCGCCAGGCCCCGCCACCAUCACAGCCAGCGCCCGGCAGUCCCUCAGCCACCCACGCACACACACAGACCCUCAGUCUCCUCGUCUUCCUCCUCCUCUUCCUCUCUGGCCCAGCGACCUCAGGUUGGAGGCAGGGGACACAAUGGCAGCCUGGUGCCACAGACUCACAGCAGAUAACAGACGCCCAGGAGACGGUAGAGACUGGGGGGGCGGGGCCUGCGUCACUAUGCCCCGACCGGCCGGGCUUGUUUGUCCAUCGUUUUAGUUGUUGUCUGUGACAUGACCCCACGCUCGUAGUCUCAAAGCGGUGGGAGGGAUGGAUUGAUGUGACGUUUUCUGUAAAACAGGGAUGCUUUCCCUUUCUCUGCCAUUUCAGCCAUGCUCAGUCGAAUUAUUGGUUUCAACAAGGGUUUUUUCCUUUUUUCAUUUACAUUGUGUGUUCCAUUACAUUCCGUAGUUGUUUUAUCCACUGUCUGUCAGUCUCCUGGUCUUGGUCGUAUUCAGAAGCCAUGAAACGGGGGGGAAAACGUUCCCAAAGUGGGCAAACUUGAGCAGUAAGAACACUGUUUGUACUGUGUCCUGCUGUAUGCAAGCAAGUACUUCCCAACACUCUCCUUGCUAGGUUAACAGCACACACACACACACACACACCGUGAGGGAGUGGUCUGGUAAUCUCAACAUCAUGACCCCAAUGUAGAGCCAUCUGUCUCUUUCCACAUAGCACAGACACAGUUUGUGAUUCAGCUGUUUAGCUCUUAGCUAGAUACAUAGGUUAUGUGUCAUUCACAGACUGUUUUACAGUUAUUAGUAUCCAACUGGGCUGACUGACUGGGUAUAAUAGUGAGGUGGUUGUUCGACUGUUGUGGCUGCUGCUCGGUCUCUUUCGAGGGAACUGGCCGUUACUGUAAUAAAGAGGUCUCAGUGCAAUCAUGUAAUUAUCGUGAAAUAACCUUUUCAUGUCACAACACGUCUCCUUGGUUACCAAUGUGUCUGCUGGUCCUGAAAACAAGUUGUUUACCAGUUAUUGACAGACGCGUGGCUGACUGGUUCACUGGCUGACAAAGGCACGUUGCUGACUGGUUCACUGGCUGACAAAGGCACGUUGCCGACUGGUUCACUGGGUAUUGAUGGAUUUCAGUCAGCAAAACAGGCAGUGUUCAGGUGUAAUUGUUGAACUUUUUGUUUUUCCUUUAUCAAAUCUCCUCUUUUCCUUCGCUCCCUGUCACUCUCCAUCCUUCCUUCGCCCUGCUCUCCAAAGCCCAGUAGACAGCUCCGACGCAGCCAGGGCAACAGCAGCGUGGUCGAACGGACAAUAAUAAUGUACAAAGAACCUUAAGAGAAUUUGAAGUAUAGUAUUACAGAUUAAUUUUGUAUUGUAUUUAUUGUGUAUAAUGACACUUUUUAAAAGAAAUGUACAUUUAGUAAAACUGUAAAUUAAACCUUGCUUCUUAUGAAAAUGUUGAUCCUUAUAGUCUUUUUAUCACAUUAACUUGUGGAUGUUGAUGUAAAGGGACAGGGUUUUUCCAUUAAAGCCCCAAUGCAUUCA